AUGAACCACGGCCCAUAUACUGACGAAGAUCCCGAGUAUCGCAAUACUCCAUUAGUUUCCCCAAUUCCUCGUCCUACACUUGAAACAUGUCCUCCUUUACAAUCCCAGCAGCAUCAUAGACCAGCUCAAUACCAACAAAACUAUUAUGGUCAUAAUAGUUAUCAUUCAGCACCUCAUAUAUCUUCUACUCCUUCUAUGCAUAUGUGUACUCCUUCAAAUGACCUUUCAAAUCAGCAACUAUUAACUCCCGUUGAGAUUCAAAAACAAAGUGCUAAUUUUUUAUCUUGCAAAAUUCAAUAUGAAGAAGGAAAAUCUAUUAAUGGUUUAAAGAUUAUAGUAGAACCUAUUAUUGAACCAGAUUAUAACCAAUUUUGUGAAGCAGCUGUUGUGCAAUUACUUCUCGAUAAAAAGAAAGCCCUUAAAAAUAUCCCAUACGAACAAUUUACAGCCGCUCGUGGAAAAUCCAAUCCUUAUGAAAAAGUCGGUCACUCGAUUUUCAUGAAUCGAUCUGCUUCUAAAUUAGCAUGUUUGGAUGCAUUGGUCAAUUUUACCGGUGUAAAAAGAUACGAUCCAGUAAAAGAUCUGGUAUUUUGGUAUACAGAUUUAUGUGGAGGGCCCGGCGGAUUUUCAGAAUAUAUAUUGUGGAGAAAACAUUCUUAUGGUGAAAAGGUUUACGGUUGGGGCAUUACCUUGACUGGUGAUCAAGAUUAUGAUUUAAAUAGAUUCAUAACAGAUGCUAAGGUUCGCGAAUGUUUUAAACAUUCUUAUGGUGCGGAUGGUACCGGUAAUCUUUAUAAGGAAGAAAAUAUUCGACAUUUCGCAAAUGAGGUGAUGAUGGGGACUAAAAAUGAAGGUGCUGACUUGGUUACUGCUGAUGGGAUAAUUACAAUGUUUAUGACUUUGCAAAAGAAUGGUGAUUUUGUUUUAAAAUUAUUUGACGUUUUUACUCCUUUUACUGCUGGGAUGGUAUGGAUCUUAUAUCGUCAUUUCGAAAAAAUAUGUAUUAUUAAGCCCCUAUCAAGUCGACCUGCAAAUUCUGAACGAUAUAUAAUUUGCCGUAAUUUACGGGAGCACAAUCCUCAAAUUGUUAGCUUUCUCUUCGAUGUUAACAAAAGGUUUAAUGAAAUAAAGUCGUCCUCCCUUGAAGGGCAAAAGGAUGUUAAUGAAGUUGUAGAGUUUGAUGAAAUGAAUCAAGAUGAGGAUUUUAUCGAUUAUUUAAAAAUGAGCAAUAUGAAAAUUGCAAUUAAGCAAACUGAAGCACUUGAAGAAUUGUUAAAAUAUAUUUCAAACCCGGAAUUAAAACCACCUAAUCAAGAAGAAUAUCGAAGACUUUGUUUUUUGGAAUGGAGGUUACCAAUUGACUAA